UGAUCAUCCGGGCACCUUUUAGAUAAACAAGACGUGGCUCCUCAUCGGAACACUUCAUUUUAACCGAUUUAUAUCACUUUGUCGAAAUCAGAAUAAUUUAGGAAACCGUCCAUUUGCAUCCAACAUAUUGCAACACAGCUAAAACAAUGUCCGACUUCGACCCAUGUGAGUGUAUUUGGAACCAUGAGCAUGCCAUGCAGAGGCUCCUUAACUUGCUAAGAAAUUCCCAGUCCUACUGCACAGACAACAGUUGCCCACAAGACUUGCCUGGUCCGCAGGGCUCACCCGAGGAUGGAGGUCUCAAUGUCAUGAUGAUCAUGGUGGCUUGGCUCGUUAUUGCUUCAGUGCUUUUCAUCAUGCGACCCAAUUCGAUGAGAAAUAACAAUGAAAAGCCACGGCCAUCUCAAAAUGGGUCAAAUCCACCACCACCACCCCCUGCUAUCCACUAAACUUUGUCAAGAAACGCCAAGGAAUGUCUGCACGUCAGGAUUUGGAUAUAACCUUAUAGAAGAAAAAAAACUUCAUAUAUUCAUUGAUUCGUCACUUCCAUUUUGUGCUGCUGACUCAGUGUGCCCUCUUUUGGCUGCGCUUGUCAUUAAUUAACCAUUACGGGGACAGGGUAUUCAGAGAUAAAUCUUAAAUACUUUUAAUCCUAUGCCGAUAUAAUAGUUUGACAAUGUAUAAGGAGGAAAUUUGGGGUGUAAUGUAUGAUAACCAUAUUUGCGUGCAAGGAAAAUAUAGCUCCAAUCACCACCCCCAAUUUUAAGAUGGAGACUGCUACAGCAACUGGGGGGGGACUUCAAAAAACUUCAUUCAGAUACUAGAAUCUCAUCUUUUGAAUUUUUUUGUGUUUGGUUAUUGGUAAAGCUAGGAAUCUGCUGCAGUUGCACUCUGUGCCAACAUACAUAAGCAUCAGUUUUGAUUUUUACUGUUGUCAUGGUUGGUACCAGUUCACUUGGCUAUAUACCAGCAGUGGUUGGUUGCUACCUGUCGUCUUGGCUAUAAUAUGUAUACUAGCAGUGGCACCAUCAUAUAAUGUACCUUUGGGAUCACUGCCUGUUGAUCACCCAUUUGUCAAUGUUUGUCUGGUGGUGAUUGAUCACAAACCAAGGGCCCUUCAGCUCUACAAAACCAUUGCUGCAGAUUUCUGGCAGUUUUCAUUCACCCAGUCCCUGAAAGGCUUGCUGUAUCCAUACAGUAUCAUUUACACCAUCUAAUUAUGAGGAUGAGGGAAAUUUAUUCACUGUGUUGUAUGUACUUAUAGAAGGUUUUUUGAAUAAGGGUGCUGCCUGAGUUUGAUGUGCUUUUCAAUCAAUGGAAUGGAAAUAGUAAAAGUCUUUCGUGAAUCAUUCAUGUUAUCCCAAAGCAUCACAGUUUUUUGCUUCAUGAGAUUGGCUAUUCUAUGUGAUACGAAGGAUUUUUUGGUCAUAAAAAACAUUCACCAUUGAGUUUCUGUCCCCAAGGCAAACCAGUGUUUUCCCUUGAAAUGUGUAUAGUUUUUUUUUCUGUGAUAAUUAUGGUUUGUUGGUCUUCAGCUUCUUUGGCACUUUAUGGACUGUCAAGUUGUGAGGAUUAUCUGUGAACGACACAGAUAACUUUAUAUUUUCUUUGGCCAUUAAAAGUGUGAUGUUGAAUUAAAAUUGAUAAAAAACGUGACAUUGAAAAGCAUGCAAGUAAAUUUUGAGGGGGGAUCUUUCUCAUUCUCUGGACAUAAUGAUGGGAUAGUUGAAAUGAAAAUCAUUUGCACAUUUCCUUUGUUUUCUUGCAUUUUAAUUGAUUGAAUAACUACGAACUGAACCUGUGCAAUUUUUGGUGCCAAAAGUGAUGCAAAGUGUUGCAAUUGUUACGAGUGUGUACACCUGUAUUGAUUUGAUAUUGUGAAUGAUAGAAUUAUCAUAAAAAAGAUUUGAAUGGGGAGGAGAAGAAGCGACCUUUUCUAGCCCUCUCAGUUACCAUUCUCUGUGCGAAAUGGUCUCAUUAAGCAGAAUUUUCACCUCAGUAAAUAAAAAUGACUUGUGGAAUGCUACCUGUACUAAAUGUAAAUAAUAAUGCGAAAAUGGAGAGUAUGUCCCUGUGGUGUUUUUUCAAUUUGAUGUGGUUGAGCUACUAGCAUCCAGGGGAUGGAAAGAGAUAUUUUAAAUGAUUUUUUUUGUUGCCGUUAUUUCACAAAUUCAUGUUGUGUAAUGAAAAAGUGCCAUGUUCUGUCUCUAACUGAACUGUUUCAUUGUAUUCAGAGAAAAGACUACCUCAUAAUAUUGUUAUUAUUAGUGUAUGGUGCCUCACUCACAGUAUGAGUAAUUCCAUAUUAUCAAGUAUAAAUGGUAAAGGAGGCUUUGACAAUAUAUUGGUAAAAACAAGAAUAAAUAAAGUCUUUAGUCUUUAUUUGUUCAUUCAUGGUCAAAUUUAUGUCCAUACAUUUACAAGCAUAGUAUUGUGAGGCAGUCUGUAGUCUAGCCUUUCAAAGAAUUCUCUAUGAAUGAUGUGUUACCUGUAAGCCAAAUGAGGAUGGUCACCUUCAACUUGAAAGCUUCUUGAUUUGAGGUAAAAUUAUAUUAUAUUCUUUAUGAAGGUCUGGACUGUGUAGUAGAGCUAACUGGAGAAAUUCUUAAACACUUUUAUAUCUCCUCACCAUGUUACUUUGAGUUUGAUAGCAUGUUCAUUAACCAUACUUUAGCCACUUGUGUACGUCCAUCAUCAUGGGAUAGGUUUGUCCAAAGGGAGAAAUUGACUUCUGUGACAGUUUGUUUAUAUCAUUAACUGAUAACUUCCUGUUAUUUUGUACUCAUCUGCCCAACUUCAGAUUUCUCUACAGUGGCUGCCAAUAGAAAACCUAGCUAUUCAUUGAGAAAUAUGUACUAGGUGCUGUCAGUUUCAUACAAAAACAUUGUAUUGCAUAGGACAGGAUGCCUGUACUACACAUUCUCAGCUAGGUCGUUUGUGUUAUGGUUGCCUGGAUCAGAGUCACAUAUUUUGAAGUCAUUAAGAGAAAUUUGAAGCAGCAGAAUUUUAAGGAUUAUCGAGCUAAAAUUGAUUUCUCCCUUGUCUUGCAUGUUAAAAUCGUAGUGGUGAUGUUGGUGGUAGCACUUUGUUAUACCGCAAUCCUCUUGGUUUGUUGGUCUCAGUCUAUCUGGUUGAUCUCCACAGGCUUGUGCUGACUUUUCUCUCUUACUGCUUGGUGAAAUUGUCUGAAAGUAUACUGUCCAGUGACCUCUGUACAAAGAGAGCUUGCAGUGUGUAUUGUCUUUGUUAUAUAUUCAAUGGGGAAAGAGACAAACUGAGCGAUAGUAAUACUAUGUAAAAAUGCAAAUUGAAAAUGGCAUACAAGACCAAAGGAGGUCAGCACCUGCCUGUGCAGAGAUGAUGGUCAUGUGGGACAUAUGUAUAUUGGAAACUGUACAUACUGUCCGAAAGCUGUAAAAUACAAAAAUAAUGUACAUCCUCUGUGUCAUCAUAGACAAAUAAAUUAUAUAUAGAGUGAAAA